AUGACUGCCACUCAACCAACAAAUACACUCGUCAUUACAGGCCUUGACCGCGAAGACUUUCCUCAACCAGGAUCUAUCUCUUCGCUUGAUUCGCCAACAUGCACAACAGACAAGCUACAAGCUCUUAUCGCACAUCAUGUUCCAGUCGUACACUGGGCACCACUCAAGUCUUUUGGCCGGAUCUUAGUCGUUCUUCAAUCACCCACAGAAGCCCAGACAGCCCGUUCAACUCUUUCAGAUUAUAGCAACAAACAUAACCUACACAUCAAGUCAUAUUACUAUACAAACACACCUCUCUACUCUUCUCCUGAUGCACACUUACACCCUCCCGAGGCUCCACACCUGUUUUUCAUUUCCCCACCACCUAGUCCGCCUGUUGGAUGGACAUCAAGACCCGAGGAACCUCCAAGACUCAAUACCCCACCCGUGGGACUUGUAUCUAUGCAGGAGCAUGGAGACAAUGGCACUGACUCAGAUGCAGAAAGUGUAAAUGGACUGGAAAUGAACCUGGACUCAGACGCGUUUCAUUCUAGUCUGAGAGCCGCACUAGAGGAUUUAGAAGCAUCACAAGUUCGACGAGAACGAAAAGUGGCCGAGACUCAAAGCAAAGAUGAAGCUGAGCAGCCUGAACAUGGACCAGUUCAAGUGGUGAGCAAUGCACAGGGAAAAUUAACUAGACGAAUCACUUUGCAUGAUCAAACAACAACCACAAAGGAGGAUUCAGGCAAACCGGUGUUAUCUUUGCAAACGAACGAGCUGGGGAAACAUGAAAAUGAGACUAUAGUGACACCUACUAUCAUUUUAGAAUGGGAUGACGAUGAAAAUGAUGAAGAAACAGUGAUCCCAUCAACAAUCAAGAGUGUGCGCACGGGCCGGCCCCCUCUAAGUGUGUAA